ACCUUCCAGCAAAAGCCACCGAAUACGGGGCUGUAGCGGCCAGACGGAUGCCAAAGCCACACGGCGCGCGAGCGGGCAGCUGCCGCGGUCGCCGUCCCACGCGGGCCCCGGACAUCAAGGGCUGCUGAGCGAUCCUUUAAAGACAUUUCUGCCUUCCGAAUAACUUUAGCCUUCACUGAAAACCCCCAGUAAAAUGCACUAAGAAGUGGAAUGUCAACAAAACACAAUUCUCCAGAACUCUAAAACAACCAAGCCUAACGUGGUUUAGUUCCCGAAGUUUAAUAAAAGAAAAUUGCAUAAAAGAAAAUUGCCGAAGGAAUAAAUAAUUCAGGAAACUCAAGCUGGUCUAGAGGAUUGGAAAAAAUCUCUAGUAUUGGGAGGAGGGAGGAGGGGCGGCUUGCUUUCCGGAAAUCAGUGUUUGGUAGCAAGUGAAACAGACAUCAUUCAAAAUGAAGUGAUUGAGAAGAAACAGUGGACACCUUCCCAUUUUGUAGACAGAACAACAUGGAACAGCCAUUUACUCUGAAUUCUCUGAGAAAGUUAGCUGCCAUGCCUGACCAUACGGAUGUCUCCCUAACCCCCGAAGAGCGAGUCCGGGCCCUCAGUAAGCUGGGUUGUAAUAUCACCAUCAGUGAAGACAUCACCCCACGCCGCUACUUCAGGUCUGGAGUAGAAAUGGAGAGGAUGGCAUCUGUGUAUUUGGAAGAAGGAAACUUGGAAAAUGCCUUUGUUCUUUAUAAUAAAUUUAUAACCUUGUUUGUAGAAAAGCUUCCUAGCCACCGAGAUUACCAACAAUGUGCAGUGCCUGAAAAGCAGGAUAUUAUGAAGAAACUGAAGGAGAUUGCAUUCCCAAGGACAGAUGAAUUGAAAAAGGACCUUUUAAAGAAAUAUAAUGUAGAAUACCAAGAAUAUUUGCAAAGCAAAAACAAAUAUAAAGCCGAAAUUCUCAAAAAGCUGGAGCAUCAGAGAUUGAUAGAGGCCGAAAGGAGGCGGAUUGCUCAGAUGCGCCAGCAGCAGCUGGAAUCGGAGCAGUUUUUGUUUUUUGAAGAUCAACUCAAAAAGCAAGAGUUAGCCCGAGGCCAGAUGCGAAGCCAGGAGACCUCUUCGCUGUCAGAGCAGAUUGAUGGAAGUGCUCUGUCCUGCUUUUCUGCACACCAGAACAAUUCCUUGCUGAAUGUAUUUGCAGAUCAAGCUAAUAAAAGUGAUGCAACCAAUUAUGCUAGCCACUCUCCUCCUGUGAAUAGAGCCUUAAAGCCAGCAGCUACUCUAAGUGCUGUUCAGAAUUUAGUGGUUGAAGGACUGAGAUGUGUAGUCUUAUCAAGAGAUCUCUGCCACAAAUUUCUGCUGCUAGCUGAAUCUAAUACCAUAAGAGGAAUAGAAACCUGUGGAAUACUUUGUGGAAAGCUGACACAUAAUGAAUUUACUAUUACUCAUGUGAUCGUGCCAAAGCAGUCUGCUGGGCCAGACUAUUGUGAUGUGGAGAAUGUAGAAGAAUUAUUCAGUGUUCAGGAUCAACACGAUCUCCUCACUCUGGGAUGGAUCCACACACAUCCCACCCAAACUGCUUUCUUAUCCAGCGUUGAUCUUCACACUCACUGUUCCUAUCAGCUCAUGUUACCAGAGGCUAUUGCCAUUGUUUGUUCACCAAAGCAUAAAGACACUGGAAUCUUCAGACUCACCAAUGCGGGCAUGCUUGAGGUUUCUGCUUGUAAAAAGAAGGGCUUUCAUCCUCACACCAAGGACCCCAGACUAUUCAGUAUAUGCAAACACGUGUUGGUUAAAGACAUAAAAAUAACUGUGUUGGAUCUGAGGUGAUAUGUUCCGAAUGUAAGCACCAUCAACACCAGACAUCUGCCCAUGGACAUGUGGUGGCUGGAUUUUCUUAAGAUGUUUCCAGAAAUGACUGAUAUUUUAUAUUUAUACAUUUUAGACCAGAAAGUUUGAUAUUUAUUGCUCUUGCACAUUUUGAAGUUUUCUUUUUGGGUUGCUCUGUCUCAAGAAAAGUCACAUGGUGUUAAAUCAAAUACCUAUUAAUGUACCCAAAUACUAUCACCAGAUAAUAAAUUGUGCUGCAAAAAAAAAAAA